AUGUCGGAGAAAUACAUUACCCAGGAGGUGCACGGCAUUUCCAACACGGUCGAGGAAACUUCUCAUGUCGCCGAGGGCCAAGGCGAGACGGCGAAGAUUGCCGGUGCGAAGACCAAGGCGGUCCGCAAUGCCGAACUCUUUGCAGCCAUUGAGGAGACCAAGAUCAAGCGAUGGAGCAAGGAGUCGAUCCACCUCUACUUCUGUAUCUUUACGGCUUUCCUCUGUGCCUGCGCGAACGGUUAUGAUGGUUCUCUGAUGGGAUCCGUCCUCUCCAUGGAGCAGUACCAAAAUGUCUUCCACGUUGGUCUGACCGGAGAAAAAGUCUCGGUUGUUACUUCGCUCUACACAGUUGGCUCCAUUUGUGCGACCCCGGUCAGUGCCAUUCUCUCCGACCGACUUGGUCGUCGGAAGUGCAUGUUCACCGGAGCUUGGAUUAUCAUCAUCGGUUCCGUCAUCAUCGCUAGUGGACACACCCUGGCUCAGUUCGUCGUGGGCCGCUUCAUUCUCGGUGUCGGUAUCCAGGUCAUGGUGGUGUCUGCGCCUGCCUAUGCGGUCGAAGUCUCUCCACCCCACUGGCGUGGUCGUGCUGUCGGUUUCUACAACUGCGGUUGGUUCGGUGGUAGUAUUCCGGCUGCUCUGAUCACCUACGGUACCAACUUCAUGACCACCAACUGGCAGUGGCGUAUUCCCUUCAUCUGCCAGUGCUUCGCGUGCUGCAUCGUCAUUGUGGCCGUUUGGUUCAUUCCUGAGUCGCCCCGCUGGCUGCUGGCCCAGGGCCGUGACGAGGAGGCCCUGGCUUUCUUGGUCAAGUAUCACGGAAACGGUGACCCCAACGCCCGUCUUGUGCGCCUGGAAAUCGAGGAGAUGAGGGAGGGUAUCCGUAUCGACGGUAUUGACAAGAGAUGGUGGGACUACCGUCCUUUCCUGUUCACCCACAGCGGCCGCUGGCGCUUCUCCCAGGUUAUCAUGAUCUCGGUCUUUGGCCAGUGGUCUGGUAACGGUCUUGGUUACUUCAACUCAACCAUCUUCAACAUUCUCGGCUACACAACUAGCUCCAUGCAACUGCUCCUUAACAUCGUCAACUCGCUUGUUUCCGCCGUCGGUGCCGGAACUGCCGUCAUCUUGACUGAUAAGAUGCCCCGUCGCCCAGUCCUGAUCUACGGAACUCUGGCAUGUGCCAUCACCAUGGCAAUCAACGCCGCCGUCUCGCUCCCCAUUGCUCAGACUGGCACCAUUAGUGCGGAAAAGGGUCGGGUCGCCUUGGCAUUCUACUACCUUUUCAACGUUGUCUUCUCCUUCACCUACACUCCUCUGCAGGGUGUUGUUCCUGCCGAGGCUCUGGAGACCACCACUCGCGCCAAGGGUCUCGCCCUUUCCGGACUGAUCGUCAGCUGCAUCAGUUUCAUCUCCCAGUUUGCCUCGCCCAUCGGUCUCGGCAAUAUCUCCACCAACUACUUCUGGAUCUUCGUCGGCUGGGAUCUUCUGGAGGUUGUCUUCUGGUACUUCUUCUGUGUCGAAUCUCAGGGUCGUACUCUGGAGGAGCUCGAGUGGGUCUACCAGCAACCCAACCCCGUCAAGGCCUCUCUCAACGUGGACAAGGUUGUCGUCCAAGAGGACGGUACCGUUACCGAGAAGAUUGACCACGGCGCUUAA